AUGCAUGUCUUGCAAUUAACCUUCAAAAUUCUGACGAUUGUUGGAUGUUGGCGGCCACAAUCAUGUUCGUCACUUUACUUGCGUAUAAUAUACAAUGCAUAUACGGUUUUUAUGAUUGUAUUAUUGUAUACUUUUUUGAUAUCGCAAUUUUUGGACAUUAUCUGGAAUGUUAACAAUGCCGAAGAUUUUACCGAAAAUUUAUACGCCACGAUGGCAUCGGUUGUUUCGUGCUCUAAAAUGCUCAGUUUAUUAGUGAAUCGAAAGAAUAUUAAUAUGUUAAUCAAUGUACUCAUCAAAAAACCAUACAGACCAUUGGAAAUGGACGAAAUGAGAAUUCGAUAUAAAUUCGAUAGACUUAUAUAUAUCAACACACUCUACUAUACGAUUUUGGUGGAAACAACUUGCGCAUGUAUAACUGUGACAUCUUUAUUCACGAUGUUCAGAAAAGGAAAUUUAACAUAUAGAGCAUGGCUACCAUAUGAUUAUUAUUCGUCUAGCAUCAUAUUUUGUCUUACAUAUGCUCAUCAACUUAUUAGUCUGACGGCUGGAUCACUCGUUAAUGUGGCCUGUGACAGUCUCAUUUGCGGAUUGUUGGUACACAUUUGCUGCCAAAUCGAGAUCUUAGAAUGCCGACUGAGCAAAGUAUCGAAUGACGGUACUCUUCGCGAUUGUGUACGUCACCACGACAGUAUAUUGCAGUAUGCAUUCAGAUUAAACAAUAAAUUUAGAAUGACUAUUGCUAUGCAAUUUGUAGUGAGUACAUUGGUAGUAUGUUCCAAUUUAUACCAAAUGACUAAAUCAACGAGUUUAAAUGCGAGCUAUCUUCCUUUAAUAUUAUACAUGUCCUGUAUGUUGACACAAAUUUUCAUCUAUUGUUGGUACGGAAACGAAGUAAAGUUAAAGAGCAUUCAACUACUCGACAACGUUUUUGCGAUAAAUUGGAUGACGAUGAACAGAAAUCUGAAAAGAAAUUUAUUAAUAAUUAUGAGUCGUGCAGCAGUACCAAUAGAAUUUACCAGCGCUUACGUACUGUCUAUGAAUCUCGAUUCUUUUGUUGGGUUACUUAAAACAUCAUAUUCUGCUUAUAAUAUAUUAAAACAAGUUCUUAAAUUUACAUUAAAAAUUCUUACGGUUGUGGGAUGUUGGCCACCAAAUUCAUGGACCUCAUUGUGUAAACGUACUAUAUAUAACAUAUAUACCAUUUCUAUAAUAUUACUGCUUUUCACCUUCAUGUUGCCACAACUUAUGGAUAUCGUUUUGAACGUCAACAAUGCCAACGAUUUUACGGAUACUUUCUACAUUAUGCUCGCCAUGAUUAUUUCCUGUUGUAAAAUGGUCGGUCUUUUGAUAAAUCGCAACAAUAUAGGGAUAUUAACCAAUAUUCUUACUCAGAAACCGUUUAUCCCAUUAGAGGCUGACGAAAUAGAAAUCCGCCAAAAAUUCGACAAAACAAUACAAACGAAUACAUUAUGGUACACAAUUUUAGUCGAGACAACAUGUGCAUGCGUCAUGUUGACAUCAUUAUUCACCGAUUUUCGAAAAGUAGCAGGAUGUCGGCCACCAGUCUCCUGGUCUUCAUUAUGGAAACGGACAAUGUAUAAUGUAUAUACAAUUUUCAUGUGCUUACUAUUGCUCACUUUCAUGUUGCCACAACUUAUGGAUAUUAUCCUGAAUGUCAAUAAUGCGGACGAUUUCACGGAUACUUUUUACAUAAUGCUAGCCAUGGUUAUCGCUUGCUGCAAGAUGCUUAGUCUAUUGCUAAAUCGCAAGAAUAUCGAGAUAUUAACUGACGCAUUGGUUGAGAAACCGUUUAGACCGUUGGAAUCAGAUGAAAUUGAAAUUCGACAAAAAUAUAAUAACAUAAUACGAUUUGCAUACACGAUAAAUGAAAAGUUCAGAAUUAUAAUUGCCGUUCAAUUCAUCGCAAGUAUGCUAGUGGUAUGUUCUAAUCUUUAUCGAUUGGCGAAAACCACAUUGAGCCCAAAAUAUAUUCCACUGAUGUUAUACACAAUCUGUAUGUGUUCGCAAAUUCUUAUUUAUUGUUGGUACGGGAACGAAAUAAAAUUAAAGAGCAUUCAAUUUUCCGAUGAAAUUUUCGGAAUGGAUUGGAUAACAGCACAUCGAAAAGUAAGAGAAAACCUUAUAAUGAUUAUGAAUCGUUCUCUGAUACCAAUCGAAUUUUCUAGUGCCCAUAUUCUUACGGUGAAUCUAGAUUCAUUCGUGAAGCUUCUUAAGAUGUCGUAUUCAGUAUAUAAUAUACUUAAACAAACAAAAUAA